CCGGCCUUUGUGACUCAUUGUGUCUGUGUCGAGGCGUCGGCAGGGCCUAGGUGCUUCUGCAGCGCCCUUCGGCCGGCCUGAGCCCCAGAGUCAGCUCCCCUUUCUCUCCCAGCGCCCCAAGGCCGCUCCCGGGGCUCACGGAAUAGUACGGAAACAGAUAUCAGAAACAUCUCCUAGGACACAAAGGAAAGCACAGGCCCUAUUUGGAUCAAGUCAGUUCCCUGACCCUGAAUGAUGACUGCUGAAUCAAGGGAAGCUACUGGUCUGUCCCCACAGGCUGCCCAGGAGAAGGAUGGUAUCGUAAUAGUGAAGGUAGAAGAGGAAGAUGAGGAAGAGCACAUGUGGGGGCAGGAUUCCAGCCUGCAGGAGACUCCUCCUCCCGACCCAGAGAUCUUCCGCCAACGUUUCAGGCACUUCUGUUAUCAGAACACUUUUGGGCCUCGAGAGGCUCUGAGUCGACUGAAGGAACUUUGUCAUCAGUGGCUACGACCAGAGAUAAACACCAAGGAGCAGAUCCUGGAGCUGCUGGUGUUGGAGCAGUUCCUUUCCAUCCUGCCCAAGGAGCUUCAAGUCUGGCUACAGGAAUACCGUCCUGAUAGUGGGGAAGAGGCCGUAACCCUCCUGGAAGAUUUGGAGCUUGAUUUAUCAGGACAGCAGGUCCCAGGUCAAGUUCAUGGACCUGAGAUGCUUGCAAGGGGGAUGGUGCCUCUGGAUCCUAUACAGGAGUCCUCAAGCUUUGACCUUCAUCAUGAGGCCACCCAGUCCCAUUUCAAGCAUUCAUCUCGGAAACCCCGUCUCUUACAGUCACGGGGUAAGAAGCAAGCUCUUCCUGCCACCCACGUUCCUGCCCCUCAUCAUGAGGAGAAUCCCAGAGACCAGGCAAUGGCAUCUGCACUAUUCACAGCAGAUUCCCAGGCAAUGGUGAAGAUUGAGGACAUGGCCGUGUCCCUUAUCCUGGAGGAAUGGGGAUGUCAGAACCUGGCUCGGAGGAAUCUCAAUAGGGACAACAGGCAGGAGAAUUAUGGGAACGUGUUUUCCCAGGGUUGUGAAAGCAGUAAUGAGAAUGAGCAGUCAACCUCCAAGGCUGAAAUCGCAGAAGACUCAGCAUCACGUGGGGAAACAAGAGGAAGAACCCAGAAAGAUUUUGGAGAAAAGCGUGAACAGCAGGGCAGAACAACAGAAAGGCAGCAGAGGAAUCUUGAGGAGAAAACUGGAAAAGAAAAGAAAGAUUCAGGGUCAGCUAUGGUCAAGGAAAAAAAACCAACCACAGGAGAGAGGGGUCCCAGGGAGAAGGGUAAAGGAUUGGGAAGAAGCUUCAGUCUGAGUUCAAACUUUAACACCCCUGAAGAAGUUCCAACAGGAACGAAGUCUCAUAGAUGUGAUGAAUGUGGUAAAUGCUUCACAAGGAGUUCAAGCCUUAUUCGCCAUAAAAUCAUCCACACUGGAGAAAAGCCCUAUGAAUGUAGUGAGUGUGGGAAAGCCUUCAGUCUGAACUCAAACCUUGUCUUGCAUCAGAGAAUCCACACGGGAGAGAAACCUCAUGAAUGUAAUGAGUGUGGCAAAGCCUUCAGUCAUAGUUCAAAUCUCAUUCUGCAUCAGCGAAUUCACUCUGGAGAGAAACCUUAUGAAUGUAAUGAGUGUGGGAAAGCCUUCAGCCAGAGCUCAGACCUUACAAAACAUCAGAGAAUUCACACAGGGGAGAAACCCUAUGAAUGUAGUGAAUGUGGAAAAGCUUUCAACCGAAACUCAUACCUUAUUUUGCAUCGGCGAAUUCACACCAGAGAAAAGCCCUAUAAGUGCACUAAGUGCGGCAAGGCCUUUACCCGGAGCUCUACCCUCACUCUGCAUCAUAGAAUCCAUACCAGAGAGCGAGCCUCUGAGUACAGCCCAGCCUCCCUUGAUGCGUUUGGAGCAUUCCUGAAAAGUUGUGUGUAAAGUGAGAAUUUGUCAACAAGCCAUUUCCCCCUUUUGUUUCUAAAGUUAUUUCAGAGAUGUGUGCUCAUGGAAGGGAAAAGACAUCCUCAACAGAUUUUUUUAAAAAUCACACUUAAGGAUCCUUAUAGUUAGGAGUGUUCUGCCUUUGCAUAGUCUGUAGGCAUAUUCUUCCAUACAGCCCCUGUAGAGAAAAGCUAGUCAUAUGGAUAAGCCACAUGAUAUUUCCAUAAGAGAGAAAAGCACACACAGUAAAAUGUCAAGCUUUUCAGUAAUGAGGAUACCUUUGAGGCUCUAUUUUACUCUCAGCAACCACGAUAUAGAAUUGAAAGAUUGAAAUUGGCUUUGUAAAAAUGAUACUGUGGUUAAAAGCUGCUGCUGCAAACAAGCCCUGGUUGGCCAAUAUCUCGCUGUACCUUAUUUCUUAAAAAAGAGACAAUUAAAACAAAGACUACAUUGGGACAUGCUGCUCAAACUAGUUAUAUAUACGUUAAGUUAUAUAUAUGAUCACUGGUAGCCUACCAAAGCUAUAGAAAUCUAGGACUGUGCUGAUCAGUAUCAAACCAAAGAUUUCUAUCUCUUCCUGAAAGAGAGGGUAUGUGCACCAGUCUGUAGUUCCAAAGGACUGCCACAAAUGUAGAUGGUUUUAUCCUCAUCGCUGAGAUAAAUUCUACUGAAAUGGCAACAAUGAUUCAAAACAUUUCUCUCCCUUCUGGAAGAAAUCCCUAAAGCACUAGUUGUACUCUGAAAUGCCAUUUCUCUACAUGGUAGCACUUGAUUAUAUACUGUCUUUUAAUCCUUCACUGUUUCAUGUAUUGAAGUUUUCAUUACCCACCAAAAGAGAUGCUUUGAUUGACAAAGGAUAUAUUUGUAUCCCUGACAGCACUUGACACAGUGCUAAACACAUAAGAGGCACUCAUUAUGCCUGACUUCUAACAGGACUUUUGCACUUCUAAAGCCCUGUGAAUCAUGAGCACCUGAUAUAUGAUAGCCUGGCCCAACUUUCGAAGAGGACAUCCAGAGCCUGAGGUAUGCUAAAGCUCCAGGGUCUUAUGCUAUUCUUGUCCUACUUAUAAAAGAAAGGCACCAGUCACCUGCAUAGACCCUUUCUAAACAUGGAUCAGUGAGUAAAUACCAUGGAAUGUCAGAAAGGACUCCACUGUCGUCAUCUUAAGAAAAAUACAAAAACAUACUAAGGCCAUUUUUUGACAUUUUUCUAUACAAAGAUAUUAACCAGAAUUUUCUUCAGUCAGCUACUGGACAAUGUGAUGAUUUGAACAAGUUGUGAAUCAUUUGUAACUUGAAAUGAUACAGUUCAGACAAUGUAAAUUUUGUUGCUUUUCAGAAAAAGGAAAACGUAGGGAGCAUUUUUUCCCCACACUUUCCAGAAGCUUCACAAAAGCAUAUGUUAGCUGGCCAUUACUAAACAUGUUAGGUGCUCUGAGAAGUUCACCAACUUGCUAAGAUGUGGUUGGUUCUAUCAAAGUCAUACUGCAUAAUGCCUUUUCUCCUCAUCACUAAAGACUGAGGUGAGGUUAUAAAACUUGGAUCAUUUUUAUCAUCCGUGCAAGAGGAUGCAUUUGGCUGUCUGGAAGCUAAUAACAGAAUUUUCAAAUACACAUACAAGAGACCCACGUAUGAGGGGCUACAUAAGUAGUCACAAGGGAUUUGGGUAGAGAUGACUCUGCUCAUGAGAGCAUGCAAAUGAUUGUGGAUGGCCCUGCAGGAACUUAGACACAUAGAAUUAGAACACAUCUGAAGACUAUCCCCAUAACAGAAGAUCCCCACAUAGGAACUGAAAUUGUCCAUCAAAAAACAGCUAAAACUCAUCAUUGUUUGCUAACCAACAACUCAGACCCAUGAGACAGCAUGUCUUUAUGGGGAGCCAGUGAGGUGGGGGUAGCUGUGGCCUCAGCCCCAGACCGUACUAAAACUCUGCACAGCAGUCAUUCUUUGGCCUCUUACUUGGACCAACCAUAGUUUCCCUAUAGUUUCUAAGCAGUUUCAUCUGUUUCCUGGGGAAACUUCAAAGAAGUCAGCUGGUGACUAGAAUAUUUCUAUCCAUUCGAUAAAAGAAAAGUAGAAAAUAUACUCCAGAAGAGUAUACCUAACGUUUUAAAGUAAAGUGAAGGUGGAAGAAAUGCUUUUAGGAUUUUCUUCAGAGUGAGCCACAGUGAGGGUUGCGAAAACUGCUGGUGCUUUUGAGAAAAGACUUACUGCUGGGAAGCAGCUGAAAGCAGUGAGCUGCUUUAACUUCAGGCACUGAUCAAAGCACUGACUGUUUUUAAGAGGGGAGGAACUUUGGUUGGUUUCACA